AUGCCAAUUAAUCUGCUAAUAGUGAUCAUAGACGACGCUCGUGUCGAGAUUGAUUGUAAUUCCAAGUUCGUCCGCACCCUAAGCCGCCUCUACCAAACUUCACCCGAGAAGUAUGCGCAACCCGACACUCCGACUCCAGAAUAUACGGAAUUCGAAUCAAGAAGCAAGACAUGGGCCACAAAGCUCAAUAUUGUUAUUCAAGUUGUUGGCAGUCGAGGUGAUGUACAGCCAUUCAUCGCGCUGGGAAACGAGCUUCAGCGACAUGGGCACCGUGUUCGUUUGGCAACACACAAUACCUUUGAAAGCUUUGUUCGAGAAUCAGGACUAGAGUUCUAUCCUGUCGGGGGCGACCCAGCUGAGCUGAUGGCUUACAUGGUGAAGAACCCAGGUCUGAUACCUAGUAUGCAGAGCUUGGCGGCUGGGGAGAUUCAGAAAAAGCGUGAUAUGGUGCAGUGGAUGCUUGAGGAAUUCUGGCACUCAUGUUUGCAACCAGACCCAUUGACUGGUUUACCUUUUGUGGCCGAUGCUAUAAUUGCUAAUCCCCCUAGCUUCGCGCACAUACACUGUGCCCAGGCACUAGGCAUUCCCGUGCAUCUCAUGUUCACUAUGCCGUGGAGCAAUACGAGAGCUUUCCCUCAUCCGCUUGCUAAUUUGAAAAACGUCGGAAGCGAUCCUCAACUUGGAAAUUACAUCUCUUACACCGUGGUGGAGUGGAUGACGUGGCAAGGGCUAGGUGACAUUAUCAACAAGUGGAGAAAGUCGAUAGACCUAGAGGAGGUGGCUAUGUUUGACGCUCCUAUGCUAACAAAGACGUUGAAAAUCCCCUUCACGUACUGCUGGUCACCAGCCUUGGUCCCGAAACCUGUAGACUGGGAACCGUAUAUAGAUGUCUGCGGCUUCUUCUUUCGCGAUCCUCCUCAGUACUACCCACCAACAGACCUUGCCCAAUUCCUCCAAGAUGGUCCGCCUCCGGUAUACAUCGGAUUCGGCAGUAUUGUCCUAGAUAAUCCUGAGAAGGUCAUCGGUGUUAUACUAGAUUCAGUCGAGGCCACUGGCGCUCGUGCUAUCAUCUCUAAAGGCUGGUCUGAUCUGGUUGGCUCUGACCAAGAAAACGUAUACUGGAUAGGGGACUGUCCCCACGAAUGGCUCUUUCAACACGUCGCAGCGGUCAUUCAUCAUGGGGGUGCCGGAACAACGGCUUGUGGAUUGAGAAAUGGAAAGCCAACAACUAUAGUUCCUUUCUUUGGCGACCAGCCUUUCUGGGGACAGAUGGUGGCCAACGCUGGUGCAGGACCGGCUCCGAUACCUCAUAGAGAGCUCACGGUUGACAACCUCGCUGCAGCCAUUCGUUACUGUCUAUCCCCACAGGCCGCAUCCGCAGCCGCGAUAAUAGCCGACAAAAUGUCAUCAGAGGUCGGGGUUCGUGCUGCUGUACAGUCAUUUCAUAAAGGCCUCCCUCUGGAGCGAAUUCGAUGCGAUGUAAUCCCAAGUGAGCCUGCCGUAUGGUCAUAUUCCAAGUCGAAGAACCCGAUCAAGCUGUCGAAGAUGGCUGCAGAGAUUUUAAUAUCCACCAAUUCAAUCGAUAGUAAACACCUGAAGCCGUACCAGAGCAACCCCAUCCAGACCGAAACAACCAGGUGGGAUCCUGUUUCAGGAGGCGCGUCUGCUGUUAUGGCAACGGCAACCGGAAUGGCUGGCAACAUCACGGGUAUCUUUACAAAGCCGAUCGAGGAAUACCGAGACGACCAGAAGCGGCGCGCUGGGGAGCUGAAUGCGCACUCUGGACAUCUCGCCGGUCGCAUGGCUGGAGCUUCAGCUAAAAGCGCUGGUAAAAUUGGCCAAACAGCCACGAAAGGCAUGCUAGUGGAUAUUCCACUUGCCAUAACAGAGGGAUUAAAAUCGGUACCACAACUCUAUGGCGGCAAUGUACGCAAUCAUGGGCCAGUGACAGAUGCCAAGAGUGGCAUGGUAGUGGCGGGCAAGACAUUUGCGUGGGGCUUCAUCGAUGGUCUAAGCGACGUUGUGGUACAACCAUAUAAAGGUGCGAAGAAGGAGGGUGCACUGGGUGCUGCUAAAGGGCUUGGAAAGGGGGCGAUGAAUCUGGUGACUAAGAGUGGUGCUGGAAUGUUUGGAUUGUUUGCAUAUCCCAGUGCAGGAAUCAGCAAGAGUCUGCGAACAGCUACACACAGCUCGACACGUAGGAAGAUUGCCGAGGAGCGGCGUGCAGAAGGUAUUUGGAUGGUGAAGAGUGGGACUGGAGUACAGGUGGACUGUAGUAAAGUGUUGGAGGACUUUGAGCGUUUGAAACGAGAUACAUAGAC